AGAAAAAAAUGGCAAGUAUCGCGUUGGUGCUUCCAGCGAGGUCCCUUAUCCGACUUCGAUGAGAGGUUCGACGCAAGCCCCUUGCAGAGACAGUAUGCGGUUGGCUGAGCUACCCAUGCCCAAUGCAGUGAUUAUAGACACACGGUAUUUCUUCCAUUUGGCGGAAGUAAUUUUCGGGUGAGAUACACUGGUACCUUUCAGGUUUCACAAAUCAAGCCAGGCAUCGUGUUGAGCACCACGGUCUUCCCCUCUUUUAAAGAGCAGUGCCCGUACACUUCAACAAGGCCCUAAUCUCUUCUCACUCAACCCGUAAUCCAUGGAUUCCCCGGAUAUCUCAAGUGCUGACAGUGUUUCAUUCAGAGUUGGCUCAGCGCAGAUAGUCCAUGUUCCCCCGUUAGACCCCAGUAUCUACUCACUCACUUCUGAUGAAGCCGAUUUCUUCAAGGCUGCGACUGGGAUUGAGGACGAUGAAACGUUAACGGCACACAUUUUGAUGGCUCAAGAAAGAGCCUACAAGGUUGCGCCGUAUCCUUGCAUCUAUUUUUUCGGAUUUUUAAGGAUGGACAUUACGAAGCUACCUGUGUACAGUGAUAUAUUAGCUAUAGGUCGCGAGCGCACAGAUCCUAUCUUCCUCGACCUCGGGUGCUGUUUUUCGGUGGAGUCCAGGAGAGUUGCAUUUGAUGGUUUUCCCGCUCGCGGUAUAAUAUCGUCGGACAUAAAGGAAGAAUUCCUGGAACUCAGUCACUUCUUAUUCAGAACAUCAAAAGAUACGUGGGCUGGCCACUUCGUUUCGGGAGAUGCACUGGAUCCCGAGAUGCUGUCUGUUGCACCUGUCGCCCGUGGGUCUAGACUAGGAUCACCGCCUGACCUGUCGACUUUGACGUCGCUCAAUCCUCUUCAUGGUCACUGCUCCGUCAUCCAUACCUCAUAUUUCCUACACUUGUUCAGUGAAGAGCAACAGCUACAUCUAGCACGUGCACUCGCUGGAUUAUUGUCUCCAGAACCAGGUUCCAUUAUCUGCGGUUUCCAGUCCGGCAGGAAAGAGAAAGGAAAUGUCCCAAUGGCCUUUGGAAGCAGCGAACUCCCUCUCUUUUCCCACUCCCCGCAGAGUUGGAUAGAAUUGUGGGAUGGAACGGUGUUCGAAAAGGGAGAGGUAGAAGUCAAUGCCAAUGUGAGGGAAGUUUUCCUUAUGGGUCAAAGGUUGAAUGUCUUGGCUUGGUCCGUUAAGAGGUUGUAGUGACUGCAUGUACUCCUAGGCUAGGAGAAGUAUAUUUGUACAUGUUUUGUCCCUGCA